AUUGGGGAUUGGUGCGUCUGUCUGUGUACCUGAGAGUGAACUAUAUAUUGAUUUGGAGAGUGUGAGUGAAAUUAUCGUUCCCUGAUCUAGUUUUGUCAUUUCUUAAUACAAUGCGGAAGCCAGUUCGAAAAUGAGAUUGACACCGACAUGGAGAUAUAGAGAGGAUUAAUCUAGUCUGAAAGAGGCCCCUUUGACUGUUUGCGAUUGCGAUGGCCCCUGACAAUGUUUUGAAUAUUGCUUUUGGAUUAUGUAUAUUUCUGUUCCUGUUUUCUGCAGUAACAGCACAAGAUACAGACAAUUGUCAAGACGACCCAUGUAACAAUAAUGGAACGUGCAACGAUUUAGUUUAUGACUAUGAAUGUACAUGUGCAGAUGGUUGGACCGACAGAAACUGUACUACAGAUAUCGACGAUUGUGCAGGAGUAUCUUGUAACUUUGUUGGAAUCUGCCAGGACAUGGUCAAUGGUUUUACCUGUGAUUGUAUAACUGGAUUCACUGGCACCGUCUGCGAAACAAAUAUAGAUGAAUGUACACACAACCUCUGUCAACAUGGUUCUACGUGUCAUGACGGGAUUGGUGGAUAUUCUUGCUCAUGCGCACCAGGCUACACCGGAAAGGAGUGCGAAGAAGACAUCAAUGAAUGCGGCAUUAACCCUUGUCAAAAUGGUGGCAUUUGCACAGAUGAAAUCAAUGGAUAUCGAUGUGAAUGCCUCAGUGGCUUUACCGGAUCUAAUUGUCAAUCAAAUAUAGACGAAUGUGCUCAGAAUCCUUGUUUUAAUGGAGCUACGUGUACGGAUGGGAUUGGAGGAUUCACUUGCUCGUGCGCACCAGGAUUUACAGGAAUAACAUGUGCAGUAGACAUCAAUGAAUGCAGCAUUAACCCUUGUCAAAAUGGUGGCAUUUGCACAGAUGAAAUCAAUGGAUAUCGAUGUGACUGCCUCAGUGGCUUUACCGGAUCUAAUUGUCUAUCAAAUAUAGACGAAUGCGCUCAGAAUCCUUGUUUUAAUGGAGCUACGUGUACGGAUGGGAUUGGAGGAUUCACUUGCUCGUGCGCACCAGGAUUUACAGGAAUAACAUGUGCAGUAGAUAUCAAUGAAUGCGGCAUUAACCCUUGUCAAAAUGGUGGUAUUUGCACAGAUGAAAUCAAUGGAUAUCGAUGUGACUGCCUCAGUGGCUUUACCGGAUCUAAUUGUCUAUCAAAUAUAGACGAAUGUGCUCAGAAUCCUUGUUUUAAUGGAGCUACGUGUACGGAUGGGAUUGGAGGAUUCACUUGCUCGUGUGCACCAGGAUUUACAGGAAUAACAUGUGCAGUAGACAUCAAUGAAUGCGGCAUUAACCCUUGUCAAAAUGGUGGCAUUUGCACAGAUGAAAUCAAUGGAUAUCGAUGUGACUGCCUCAGUGGCUUUACCGGAUCUAAUUGUCUAUCAAAUAUAGACGAAUGUGCUCAGAAUCCUUGUUUUAAUGGAGCUACGUGUACGGAUGGGAUUGGAGGAUUCACUUGCUCGUGUGCACCAGGAUUUACAGGAAUAACAUGUGCAGUAGAUAUCAAUGAAUGCGGCAUUAACCCUUGUCAAAAUGGUGGUAUUUGCACAGAUGAAAUCAAUGGAUAUCGAUGUGACUGCCUCAGUGGCUUUACCGGAUCUAAUUGUCUAUCAAAUAUAGACGAAUGUGCUCAGAAUCCUUGUUUUAAUGGAGCUACGUGUACGGAUGGGAUUGGAGGAUUCACUUGCUCGUGUGCACCAGGAUUUACAGGAAUAACAUGUGCAGUAGACAUCAAUGAAUGCAGCAUUAACCCUUGUCAAAAUGGUGGCAUUUGCACAGAUGAAAUCAAUGGAUAUCGAUGUGACUGCCUCAGUGGCUUUACCGGAUCUAAUUGUCUAUCAAAUAUAGACGAAUGCGCUCAGAAUCCUUGUUUUAAUGGAGCUACGUGUACGGAUGGGAUUGGAGGAUUCACUUGCUCGUGCGCACCAGGAUUUACAGGAAUAACAUGUGCAGUAGAUAUCAAUGAAUGCGGCAUUAACCCUUGUCAAAAUGGUGGUAUUUGCACAGAUGAAAUCAAUGGAUAUCGAUGUGACUGCCUCAGUGGCUUUACCGGAUCUAAUUGUCUAUCAAAUAUAGACGAAUGUGCUCAGAAUCCUUGUUUUAAUGGAGCUACGUGUACGGAUGGGAUUGGAGGAUUCACUUGCUCGUGUGCACCAGGAUUUACAGGAAUAACAUGUGCAGUAGACAUCAAUGAAUGCGGCAUUAACCCUUGUCAAAAUGGUGGCAUUUGCACAGAUGAAAUCAAUGGAUAUCGAUGUGACUGCCUCAGUGGCUUUACCGGAUCUAAUUGUCUAUCAAAUAUAGACGAAUGUGCUCAGAAUCCUUGUUUUAAUGGAGCUACGUGUACGGAUGGGAUUGGAGGAUUCACUUGCUCGUGUGCACCAGGAUUUACAGGAAUAACAUGUGCAGUAGAUAUCAAUGAAUGCGGCAUUAACCCUUGUCAAAAUGGUGGUAUUUGCACAGAUGAAAUCAAUGGAUAUCGAUGUGACUGCCUCAGUGGCUUUACCGGAUCUAAUUGUCUAUCAAAUAUAGACGAAUGUGCUCAGAAUCCUUGUUUUAAUGGAGCUACGUGUACGGAUGGGAUUGGAGGAUUCACUUGCUCGUGUGCACCAGGAUUUACAGGAAUAACAUGUGCAGUAGACAUCAAUGAAUGCGGCAUUAACCCUUGUCAAAAUGGUGGCAUUUGCACAGAUGAAAUCAAUGGAUAUCGAUGUGACUGCCUCAGUGGCUUUACCGGAUCUAAUUGUCUAUCAAAUAUAGACGAAUGUGCUCAGAAUCCUUGUUUUAAUGGAGCUACGUGUACGGAUGGGAUUGGAGGAUUCACUUGCUCGUGUGCACCAGGAUUUACAGGAAUAACAUGUGCAGUAGACAUCAAUGAAUGCGGCAUUAACCCUUGUCAAAAUGGUGGCAUUUGCACAGAUGAAAUCAAUGGAUAUCGAUGUGACUGCCUCAGUGGCUUUACCGGAUCUAGUUGUCUAUCAAACAUCAAUGAAUGCGGCAUUAACCCUUGUCAAAAUGGUGGCAUUUGCACAGAUGAAAUCAAUGGAUAUCGAUGUGACUGCCUCAGUGGCUUUACCGGAUCUAGUUGUCUAUCAAACAUCAAUGAAUGCGGCAUUAACCCUUGUCAAAAUGGUGGCAUUUGCACAGAUGAAAUCAAUGGAUAUCGAUGUGACUGCCUCAGUGGCUUUACCGGAUCUAAUUGUCUAUCAAAUAUAGACGAAUGUGCUCAGAAUCCUUGUUUUAAUGGAGCUACGUGUACGGAUGGGAUUGGAGGAUUCACUUGCUCGUGCGCACCAGGAUUUACAGGAAUAACAUGUGCAGUAGAUAUCAAUGAAUGCGGCAUUAACCCUUGUCAAAAUGGUGGUAUUUGCACAGAUGAAAUCAAUGGAUAUCGAUGUGACUGCCUCAGUGGCUUUACCGGAUCUAAUUGUCUAUCAAAUAUAGACGAAUGUGCUCAGAAUCCUUGUUUUAAUGGAGCUAAGUGUACGGAUGGGAUUGGAGGAUUCACUUGCUCGUGUGCACCAGGAUUUACAGGAAUAACAUGUGCAGUAGACAUCAAUGAAUGCGGCAUUAACCCUUGUCAAAAUGGUGGCAUUUGCACAGAUGAAAUCAAUGGAUAUCGAUGUGACUGCCUCAGUGGCUUUACCGGAUCUAAUUGUCUAUCAAAUAUAGACGAAUGUGGUCAGAAUCCUUGUUUUAAUGGAGCUACGUGUACGGAUGGGAUUGGAGGAUUCACUUGCUCGUGUGCACCAGGAUUUACAGGAAUAACAUGUGCAGUAGACAUCAAUGAAUGCGGCAUUAACCCUUGUCAAAAUGGUGGCAUUUGCACAGAUGAAAUCAAUGGAUAUCGAUGUGACUGCCUCAGUGGCUUUACCGGAUCUAAUUGUCUAUCAAAUAUAGACGAAUGUGCUCAGAAUCUUUGUUUUAAUGGAGCUACGUGUACGGAUGGGAUUGGAGGAUUCACUUGCUCGUGCGCACCAGGAUUUACAGGAAUAACUUGUGCAGUAGACAUCAAUGAAUGCGGCAUUAACCCUUGUCAAAAUGGUGGCAUUUGCACAGAUGAAAUCAAUGGAUAUCGAUGUGACUGCCUCAGUGGCUUUACCGGAUCUAAUUGUCUAUCAAAUAUAGACGAAUGUGGUCAGAAUCCUUGUUUUAAUGGAGCUACGUGUACGGAUGGGAUUGGAGGAUUCACUUGCUCGUGUGCACCAGGAUUUACAGGAAUAACAUGUGCAGUAGACAUCAAUGAAUGCGGCAUUAACCCUUGUCAAAAUGGUGGCAUUUGCACAGAUGAAAUCAAUGGAUAUCGAUGUGACUGCCUCAGUGGCUUUACCGGAUCUAAUUGUCUAUCAAAUAUAGACGAAUGUGCUCAGAAUCCUUGUUUUAAUGGAGCUACGUGUACGGAUGGGAUUGGAGGAUUCACUUGCUCGUGCGCACCAGGAUUUACAGGAAUAACUUGUGCAGUAGACAUCAAUGAAUGUGGCAUUAACCCUUGUCAAAAUGGUGGCAUUUGCACAGAUGAAAUCAAUGGAUAUCGAUGUGACUGCCUCAGUGGCUUUACCGGAUAUAAUUGUCUAUCAAAUAUAGACGAAUGUGGUCAGAAUCCUUGUUUUAAUGGAGCUACGUGUACGGAUGGGAUUGGAGGAUUCACUUGCUCGUGUGCACCAGGAUUUACAGGAAUAACAUGUGCAGUAGACAUCAAUGAAUGCGGCAUUAACCCUUGUCAAAAUGGUGGCAUUUGCACAGAUGAAAUCAAUGGAUAUCGAUGUGACUGCCUCAGUGGCUUUACCGGAUCUAAUUGUCUAUCAAAUAUAGACGAAUGUGCUCAGAAUCCUUGUUUUAAUGGAGCUACGUGUACGGAUGGGAUUGGAGGAUUCACUUGCUCGUGCGCACCAGGAUUUACAGGAAUAACAUGUGCAGUAGACAUCAAUGAAUGCGGCAUUAACCCUUGUCAAAAUGGUGGCAUUUGCACAGAUGAAAUCAAUGGAUAUCGAUGUGACUGCCUCAGUGGCUUUACCGGAUCUAAUUGUCUAUCAAAUAUAGACGAAUGUGGUCAGAAUCCUUGUUUUAAUGGAGCUACGUGUACGGAUGGGAUUGGAGGAUUCACUUGCUCGUGUGCACCAGGAUUUACAGGAAUAACAUGUGCAGUAGACAUCAAUGAAUGCGGCAUUAACCCUUGUCAAAAUGGUGGCAUUUGCACAGAUGAAAUCAAUGGAUAUCGAUGUGACUGCCUCAGUGGCUUUACCGGAUCUAAUUGUCUAUCAAACAUCAAUGAAUGUGGCAUUAACCCUUGUCAAAAUGGUGGCAUUUGCACAGAUGAAAUCAAUGGAUAUCGAUGUGACUGCCUCAGUGGCUUUACCGGAUAUAAUUGUCUAUCAAAUAUAGACGAAUGUGGUCAGAAUCCUUGUUUUAAUGGAGCUACGUGUACGGAUGGGAUUGGAGGAUUCACUUGCUCGUGUGCACCAGGAUUUACAGGAAUAACAUGUGCAGUAGACAUCAAUGAAUGCGGCAUUAACCCUUGUCAAAAUGGUGGCAUUUGCACAGAUGAAAUCAAUGGAUAUCGAUGUGACUGCCUCAGUGGCUUUACCGGAUCUAAUUGUCUAUCAAAUAUAGACGAAUGUGCUCAGAAUCCUUGUUUUAAUGGAGCUACGUGUACGGAUGGGAUUGGAGGAUUCACUUGCUCGUGCGCACCAGGAUUUACAGGAAUAACUUGUGCAGUAGACAUCAAUGAAUGUGGCAUUAACCCUUGUCAAAAUGGUGGCAUUUGCACAGAUGAAAUCAAUGGAUAUCGAUGUGACUGCCUCAGUGGCUUUACCGGAUAUAAUUGUCUAUCAAAUAUAGACGAAUGUGCUCAGAAUCCUUGUUUUAAUGGAGCUACGUGUACGGAUGGGAUUGGAGGAUUCACUUGCUCGUGUGCACCAGGAUUUACAGGAAUAACAUGUGCAGUAGACAUCAAUGAAUGCGGCAUUAACCCUUGUCAAAAUGGUGGCAUUUGCACAGAUGAAAUCAAUGGAUAUCGAUGUGACUGCCUCAGUGGCUUUACCGGAUCUAAUUGUCUAUCAAAUAUAGACGAAUGUGCUCAGAAUCCUUGUUUUAAUGGAGCUACGUGUACGGAUGGGAUUGGAGGAUUCACUUGCUCGUGCGCACCAGGAUUUACAGGAAUAACAUGUGCAGUAGACAUCAAUGAAUGCGGCAUUAACCCUUGUCAAAAUGGUGGCAUUUGCACAGAUGAAAUCAAUGGAUAUCGAUGUGACUGCCUCAGUGGCUUUACCGGAUCUAAUUGUCUAUCAAAUAUAGACGAAUGUGGUCAGAAUCCUUGUUUUAAUGGAGCUACGUGUACGGAUGGGAUUGGAGGAUUCACUUGCUCGUGUGCACCAGGAUUUACAGGAAUAACAUGUGCAGUAGACAUCAAUGAAUGCGGCAUUAACCCUUGUCAAAAUGGUGGCAUUUGCACAGAUGAAAUCAAUGGAUAUCGAUGUGACUGCCUCAGUGGCUUUACCGGAUCUAAUUGUCUAUCAAACAUCAAUGAAUGUGGCAUUAACCCUUGUCAAAAUGGUGGCAUUUGCACAGAUGAAAUCAAUGGAUAUCGAUGUGACUGCCUCAGUGGCUUUACCGGAUAUAAUUGUCUAUCAAAUAUAGACGAAUGUGCUCAGAAUCCUUGUUUUAAUGGAGCUACGUGUACGGAUGGGAUUGGAGGAUUCACUUGCUCGUGUGCACCAGGAUUUACAGGAAUAACAUGUGCAGUAGACAUCAAUGAAUGCGGCAUUAACCCUUGUCAAAAUGGUGGCAUUUGCACAGAUGAAAUCAAUGGAUAUCGAUGUGACUGCCUCAGUGGCUUUACCGGAUCUAAUUGUCUAUCAAAUAUAGACGAAUGUGCUCAGAAUCCUUGUUUUAAUGGAGCUACGUGUACGGAUGGGAUUGGAGGAUUCACUUGCUCGUGCGCACCAGGAUUUACAGGAAUAACAUGUGCAGUAGACAUCAAUGAAUGCGGCAUUAACCCUUGUCAAAAUGGUGGCAUUUGCACAGAUGAAAUCAAUGGAUAUCGAUGUGACUGCCUCAGUGGCUUUACCGGAUCUAAUUGUCUAUCAAAUAUAGACGAAUGUGCUCAGAAUCCUUGUUUUAAUGGAGCUACGUGUACGGAUGGGAUUGGAGGAUUCACUUGCUCGUGUGCACCAGGAUUUACAGGAAUAACAUGUGCAGUAGACAUCAAUGAAUGCGGCAUUAACCCUUGUCAAAAUGGUGGCAUUUGCACAGAUGAAAUCAAUGGAUAUCGAUGUGACUGCCUCAGUGGCUUUACCGGAUCUAAUUGUCUAUCAAAUAUAGACGAAUGUGCUCAGAAUCCUUGUUUUAAUGGAGCUACGUGUACGGAUGGGAUUGGAGGAUUCACUUGCUCGUGCGCACCAGGAUUUACAGGAAUAACAUGUGCAGUAGACAUCAAUGAAUGCGGCAUUAACCCUUGUCAAAAUGGUGGCAUUUGCACAGAUGAAAUCAAUGGAUAUCGAUGUGACUGCCUCAGUGGCUUUACCGGAUCUAAUUGUCUAUCAAAUAUAGACGAAUGUGCUCAGAAUCCUUGUUUUAAUGGAGCUACGUGUACGGAUGGGAUUGGAGGAUUCACUUGCUCGUGUGCACCAGGAUUUACAGGAAUAACAUGUGCAGUAGACAUCAAUGAAUGCGGCAUUAACCCUUGUCAAAAUGGUGGCAUUUGCACAGAUGAAAUCAAUGGAUAUCGAUGUGACUGCCUCAGUGGCUUUACCGGAUCUAAUUGUCUAUCAAAUAUAGACGAAUGUGCUCAGAAUCCUUGUUUUAAUGGAGCUACGUGUACGGAUGGGAUUGGAGGAUUCACUUGCUCGUGCGCACCAGGAUUUACAGGAAUAACAUGUGCAGUAGACAUCAAUGAAUGCGGCAUUAACCCUUGUCAAAAUGGUGGCAUUUGCACAGAUGAAAUCAAUGGAUAUCGAUGUGACUGCCUCAGUGGCUUUACCGGAUCUAAUUGUCUAUCAAAUAUAGACGAAUGUGCUCAGAAUCCUUGUUUUAAUGGAGCUACGUGUACGGAUGGGAUUGGAGGAUUCACUUGCUCGUGCGCACCAGGAUUUACAGGAAUAACAUGUGCAGUAGACAUCAAUGAAUGCGGCAUUAACCCUUGUCAAAAUGGUGGCAUUUGCACAGAUGAAAUCAAUGGAUAUCGAUGUGACUGCCUCAGUGGCUUUACCGGAUCUAAUUGUCUAUCAAAUAUAGACGAAUGUGCUCAGAAUCCUUGUUUUAAUGGAGCUACGUGUACGGAUGGGAUUGGAGGAUUCACUUGCUCGUGCGCACCAGGAUUUACAGGAAUAACAUGUGCAGUAGACAUCAAUGAAUGCGGCAUUAACCCUUGUCAAAAUGGUGGCAUUUGCACAGAUGAAAUCAAUGGAUAUCGAUGUGACUGCCUCAGUGGCUUUACCGGAUCUAAUUGUCUAUCAAACAUCAAUGAAUGCGGCAUUAACCCUUGUCAAAAUGGUGGCAUUUGCACAGAUGAAAUCAAUGGAUAUCGAUGUGACUGCCUCAGUGGCUUUACCGGAUCUAAUUGUCUAUCAAAUAUAGACGAAUGUGCUCAGAAUCCUUGUUUUAAUGGAGCUACGUGUACGGAUGGGAUUGGAGGAUUCACUUGCUCGUGCGCACCAGGAUUUACAGGAAUAACAUGUGCAGUAGACAUCAAUGAAUGCGGCAUUAACCCUUGUCAAAAUGGUGGCAUUUGCACAGAUGAAAUCAAUGGAUAUCGAUGUGACUGCCUCAGUGGCUUUACCGGAUCUAAUUGUCUAUCAAAUAUAGACGAAUGUGCUCAGAAUCCUUGUUUUAAUGGAGCUACGUGUACGGAUGGGAUUGGAGGAUUCACUUGCUCGUGCGCACCAGGAUUUACAGGAAUAACAUGUGCAGUAGACAUCAAUGAAUGCGGCAUUAACCCUUGUCAAAAUGGUGGCAUUUGCACAGAUGAAAUCAAUGGAUAUCGAUGUGACUGCCUCAGUGGCUUUACCGGAUCUAAUUGUCUAUCAAAUAUAGACGAAUGUGCUCAGAAUCCUUGUUUUAAUGGAGCUACGUGUACGGAUGGGAUUGGAGGAUUCACUUGCUCGUGCGCACCAGGAUUUACAGGAAUAACAUGUGCAGUAGAUAUUAAUGAGUGUGAAAGUACCCCCUGUCAAAACGGAGCUACCUGUCAGGAUGAAAUCAAUGGAUACACAUGUGAUUGCUUACCAGGAUAUACAGGAUCACAAUGCGUAAUAAACAUCAAUGAAUGCGGCAGUAACCCUUGUCAAAAUGGUGGCAUUUGCACAGAUAAAAUAAAUGGAUAUCGAUGUGACUGCCUCAGUGGCUUUACCGGAUCUAAUUGUCUAUCAAACAUCAAUGAAUGCGGCAGUAACCCUUGUCAAAAUGGUGGCAUUUGCACAGAUGAAAUCAAUGGAUAUCGAUGUGACUGCCUCAAAGGCUUCAACGGAUCUAAUUGUCAAUCAGAUAUAGACGAAUGUGCUCAGGACCCUUGUUUUAAUGGAGCUACGUGUACGGAUGGGGUUGGAGGAUUCACUUGCUCGUGCGCACCAGGAUUUACAGGAAUAACUUGUGAAGUAGAUAUAAACGAGUGUGCAAGUACCCCCUGUCAAAACGGAGCUACCUGCAUGGAUGUAAUCAGCGGAUACACCUGUGAUUGCUUAGCAGGAUAUACCGGAUCACAAUGCGUAAUAAACAUCAAUGAAUGCGGCAUUAACCCUUGUCAAAAUGGUGGCAUUUGCACAGAUAAAAUAAAUGGAUAUCGAUGUGACUGCCUCAGUGGCUUUACUGGAUCUAAUUGUCUAUCAAACAUCAAUGAAUGCGGCAGUAACCCUUGUCAAAAUGGUGGCAUUUGCACAGAUGAAAUUAAUGGAUAUCGAUGUGACUGCCUCAAUGGCUUCAACGGAUCUAAUUGUCAAUCAGAUAUAGACGAAUGUGCUCAGGACCCUUGUUUUAAUGGAGCUACGUGUACGGAUGGGAUUGGAGGAUUCACUUGCUCGUGCGCACCAGGAUUUACAGGAAUAACUUGUGAAGUAGAUAUGAAUGAGUGUGCAAGUACCCCCUGUCAAAACGGAGCUACCUGUCAGGAUUUAAUCAAUGGAUACACAUGUGAUUGCUUACCAGGAUAUACCGGAUCACAAUGCGUAAUAAACAUCAAUGAAUGCGGCAGUAGCCCUUGUCAAAAUGGCAGCAUUUGCGCAGAUGAAAUCAAUGGAUAUCGAUGUGACUGCCCCCUAGGCUUCAAUGGAUCUAAUUGUCAAUCAAUAAAAACAAAGUCGUUCCCAGGGCCCUGACACAGUGUGACACUCAACGAGCUACUCAGUAGACUACGAGCUGCAAAGCUAACCGCCAGGCCCAACAAGUGCUUCGUAGGAUAUCUGUGGUAGCGAUAAUGUAGGAGCAGAUAUUUUAAGUAAAUUUUAGGUAGAUUGUAAGUUAAUCGUAAAUGAAUAAAUGAAAAGUGUAAUAUGCAUUUCCUCAAAAGAAGGAGUAAAAUGUCACAUCGAAAAUACAUUUUAUCCCAGUUUAUUAUCCUUUAUUAGCCAAAUAAUUUAACCCUGUACUCGAGCCAAGGUAGCAAAGAGACGGGAAUUGUAUUUCAUUCUCUAAUGAGCAGUACUUUAAUUUAGGUUACAAUCGAUGACUUUAGGUAAUUGAAAUAGUUUAACCAAGGCAGUGAUCUUGCGUUUCCUUGCUUGAAUGUGUCUCUUUCAUUCCCCUUUUGUCCUAUACGGGGAUCCAAUAAUUUUAACCAGAUACCUGGGAUUUUUCUGGCAAGGGUAUAAGUGUUCAGAAGCGUUCCAAUUGCUUUUUGUCCCACCAUUUCCAGACUUUGGUGAGCACAUCACUUUUUGGAGCCAGAAGAGAAUUUGCUACAUUUUACUUACUGUUUUAAGCAUUUAUCGAGAUUUUUUUCUCCAGAGCUGCUACAUUUUCCUGAUUGAGUUGCUAAAGAUUACUACCUCCCUGCAUGAAGUCAGAAAACAGUUUUUAUACUAUAUUAGAGCCUGUUUGCUGACGUUACCGAUGGUACCGAGGUGGGACGUGAUUCCCCUAUUUGUGUCCAUGUAGCCAAAAGUUACCGACAUGACCGAAGGACCCCAAGAUUGACCAAUUGUCGCCAAGAGUAACCGAAUUCAAGUCGACAAUGGAUACGGUCGACUCUGGUGACGUAUACGCAUAAUAACAGCUUUAGUUUGAUGUUGAGGUCAAGCAGAAAUAUCUGAUAAAACAAUGAACGCUCAAUGUUAUAUAUUUAUGAUGGACAAAAAUAGUUCAGCGAUUUGAAUGCUGAUUUGCUUGUAAAUAGGGAGAACUUCCGAUUGAUAUUGUGUGUUUUUUUAGUCCUUGGCUGAUGUUGGAUAUUGACAGUUGAUUUUCUGUGUGUGCUUGGGUGUGUAUGUGUGUGUAUGGAUGAUGGAUCAGUACAGGAUCCUUACUUGAUGCUAGAUUUUGAUAUGACGUAAAUGAUGGUAAAAGUACACGUAAAUGAUAGGGAAGAAGAGGGUAUAGAUGAUAGGAGUGAAGUUGAGCUUAUGUAUUAAUUUAGGAUGUUCUUUGUAAAAUGGCAAACUGGAGUUUGCAGAGGUGUUUGGAAUUAAAUUUUGAAAUGGUGAAAACAAAGCAUCGAAGAACAUCAGCAGUAAUUUUGGAUGAUUUGGGUGAAAAUACCUGCGCCCUAAAAAUAAAAUAUAAAAAGUUAAUUAUGCCAUCCAGUGGAAUCUUUCAUGGAAUCUUUGAUUUUGAUUGGUUGUUGCCAAGGUAUUUAUGGUUACCAUCGAAUUUCAAAGUUGGAUUAGUAACCGUUAUGCGUCAGGAUCCAGGUACAUGUAUCUCUUGGUGUUUUAACAAACCAGUUACUUUGGGGAAUAAAACUCGACUUUUAACCAUUAGUAGUUUAUUAGUUAUUAGAAGUUUAUCACAACACUCCCUUAUUCUCUCUGAUAGGAAGCAAUGGUUCGAUGGUUUGACUUUUUUAUUUAAAGUACUGUAAUGAUUUAAGCAAGUGACUAUAAACCAAAUGUCGAGCAGACCAUAUGGAUAGCCGACCUAAAGGUGUAACCAUUUGAGAGUAAGUUGCAUUCAUGUAGUGUUAGAAAUAAACAACCUGUUUAUUAGAUCAAUGUUAUACAUAAACCCUUUUUGAGAGACUAUAAUUAUUUCUUAAAUCGUGUAGCAUAACCUUCUUGCGAGAAUAAAAUUAUUUCUUAAAUGGUGUAGCAUAUUGUUUGUAAAUAGGGAGAACUUCCGAUUGAUAAUGUUUUUUUAGUGGAGCGUUUUGGCCCAGUGGAUAAGUCUUCUGACUUAAAAAAGGGUCAUGGGUUCGAAUCCCAGCCAUGGCGUAAUUUCCUUCAGCAAGAAAUUUAUUCACAUUGUGCUGCACUCGACCAAGGUGAGGUGAAUGGGUACCCGGCAGGAUUAAUUCCUUGAAUGCAUGAGCGCUGAAAGGCAGCUCGAGCUAAAGCCGGGGUAAUGAUAAUAAUAACAACGCGCCUCGGAAUAGAAUAUUUCUAGAUAGAUGGCGCUAUAUAAAUGCCUAUUAUUAUUAUUAUUAUAAUUGUUGUUUUUAACAAUUUGUUUUUCUUUUUGCUAGGUGGCUCUUUGUGAUCAGUACAAACAGUUAUUGCUGCAGACAUGGGUAUUUCAAUAAUACCUUAGUAACCCAUUCACAAGUACCAUGAUGGCAGUAAGGUCAUUUUAAUAAGUGGGGUUGAGUUCAGAACGUUUAGUGAAGAAAAUAUGUGGAAAUAAUAACUGAGAAAUGGGAAAUACUAAAAAUGGACCAAUAGUUAAGAAAAUCUUGUUCUUUCUGAGUAUAUUGUAAAUGUACAGUAAUGCUGAUUUUGUAAAUAGUAUUAACCUGUUGUUAGCAUUUGCUUGCUUUUUUUUUGGAGUUGUGGAACAUACAGCGGGCUGCUAACUUCAGGUCACAUUUCUUCCACAAUGCUCAAGCAACGCAUUUAAUUAUAUCGUAUGCAUAUAGUGGCUCGUGCAUUGUGUUUCAUACACAUUCUCUGUCCAAUACACAUCUUUCUCUGAAUCUGUUUACAAUGUACUCUUAUCCAGGUUUCUUAAAAGAAAACACGCAAUUCUCUGUACUUGAUAGACAAGUGCACUCAAUGUAACUGAGAUGUUCCCAUUGGUAUGUUACAGGUCACCUGACAAGGCCUGUGCAGAUCACCUGAUUUCAUGAGCAUGUGAUUCUGGCAAUUUCAUUGAGGCUUAGAGAAGUUCACAUAUAUUUUCUAUUGAAAAAAAAUAUGCAAUUUUAGAAAUAUUGACAUUUUUUUAAAUAGAUAUUUUCAUGAAAUGUAAUUCAUUUUCAACUGACCCAUCCUUUGGUAUUACCUAAUUUUUUUUUCCACCAGGGUACCUGUGUCACAGUAUUAACACAGCCAGCUGAUGUCUUGAAGACGAGGUUAAUGAAUGACAAACCAGGCUAGUACAAGGCAUGCUCUUCUACUCUUAAGGAAAAUGGAGGAACGAAUUAAUGCGGCAACUGGUUCUUGCUUUCACAGAUUUCAGUCUUCGUCCGCUUCUCUGUUGAAUUUUCCGACUAUUCAGGGAAUGUGUUUGAUCAGAGCCUUCGAAAGUCCCUUUCUUUACAGAUUCCAUCUAGGUUAACAGUGUUAUUUAUUAUUUUGCUGGCUUGUUUUAUUAAGCAAGUCUUCUGAGCUUCUGUUUAUCUCUCUGUUUUGCAUUAUUAAACCAGAUUAUUUAGUCAAAAGUGAUAAACUCUAGAAGAUCGACUGUAAAAAUAGAAGAAACAUUAUUAGAUCUUAGAAGUACUUUAACUUUCGGACGAAAUGUAACCGUUGAUUGCAUUUGGUCAAAGUGCAUUUUGACUUCGCGUCCCAGGACAGUUUCCUGUCAGUUUCACGUUGCUAGGUAUAUAUGACAUUCAACAUUAUAAACAACAUCAUCAUUGAUAAUUCAUGUAAUUACAGGUCUAUCAGUAGGUUCAAAUUGUUCUUUAGUCUGAAGUCGAAGGCAAUUCCUUUGUCUUCUUGGAGUUGACAAAUAAACGGUUUCCUUUACACCAAUUUUCGAACAAAGCCAUAGUUUCCCUGUAAUCCAAUUCAUUUUUAUUUUCAAUUAAUCCAAUUAUUACCGUGUCAUCUUCAUAUUUAGUAUGUGAGUAGUUGUAAAACAUAGAUUUCAUAUAUCUUUUGAUCAUAUGAUAUUUGCUGUUGUUCAAUAGUUAGAGAAAAUUUGUGUUUGUAACUGUUAUUUGUAUUGUAAUCAGAGUGGUUGCAAUCAAGUAGCAAUAUUUUGUGAUCAUUCUUUCAUGUAAAAUAUUAAAUAGAAUAUUGUCAGUUUAGCUCAUUUCAAAGGGAUCAAAUAGCUAUGUGGAUCUCGGCAAUGCAGGCCAUGUACAGAGAGAAAAUGAGUUGGAGCUAUUCCUGUUGAAUGCAUGCAGUCAUGCAGACAGGCUGAUCAAACAAGUGUUCACUGUUGUGUGAGUAGCUGCAAACAACUGAUUGUAAUGAUCACAUAUCAAUACACCAAAUUCCUUAUUCUCUUCUGGCAACAGUUCUGUUGCUUGUUUUAAAAGGUUUAAAUAUAUAUAAAUACUCGGUAGGUUCAAUGUUCCAAAAAUUGGUCUAUCCAAAAACAAAAUGAGGUUUGUUAUUCCAAAGGCUCACUAUGAAAUAAAAAUAAGGUUUGAUAUUAUUCAGUUAAAUACAGUUAAAUACCUUUUAUAUAAAUACCUUCGUCCGUCUACAUUCGGUCAGGUGUGAGGGGGCUUUAAAGGAAGCAAACACCAAAUUUGAAUUGACGCGGGGGAGAGAGAAGAAGCCUAACACUAACCUAAGGAAGAGUGGGCUCUGCAAUCUCUGUCAAGAGGAGAAGUAUAUAUUUAUCACCAAUAGCGAAAGUGUCUCAACAAAAGGUCAGAAAUAAUAUCAAAGUGCCGCCACAGACACCGACCUAGAACCCCCAGAAAACCAAUAAGGUGUGACGACCCAUCACAGCACGCAGACACAACCAAGUCGUCAAGUCAUCAGUCUGCCUGAAGAUCACCGAAAGCGUGAAACCGACGGUAGUAGACCGAGCUGACCAAGGUAUGAAUAUAAACUCCUAAAAAAAAGUUUGGAAAUCUGAAUUUGAUCGAUAAUCCCUCCUCGGUUUUAGUAAAUAUUAUUAAUAUCAAUGAAUAGAUCAUUUAAUUCUCUUUAAAAUGAUACCCUGCGUGAUAUGAUUAUGGUUCACAUGGAGGUGCAGUGCCUUGAAAUGUGGGGGAAUGUCAAAAUUCAAAAGUUGCAACAUGACACAAUAUUAAAAUUCACUGUUCUUUUUCCGUGGUGAUGAGUGAGUUUCUCAGCGGUUUCUCUAGACGAUGAUGGUGAUCCACAGCAUUUAUAUUGCGCCAUACAUCUGUUAAAAAUAUUCAUAGGCGCAGGCUCAUGCAAUAAGUUAAUCACUACACAUCUGCCGAAAUAAGUGAAUUUUGAGAGACAGUUUAAAGAGUUCUAUGCUGUCAAUUUCACGAAGUGAAGAAGGGAGUUCCAAAGGCGUGGAGGAAUAAAAGAAAAGGCACGGUAUCCAAAUCCCCUUAGGCGUCAAUGGGUACAUGAAGAGUGACACCAGUUCCAGACUUCAAGACGAGCGCAAGCCAGGACGUACACAGCGUUGUUCUAUAGUACACGGCGUUGUUCUAUUAUUGUUUUGUUUUCAUGCACCUUAACAUCAACAUUAACAUGGAAUCAAACCCACCUCUGCACAAGCAAACACAUAACAAACAAACAAACAUGCAUGGGUAUUUAAAACCACGACUCAAACCCUAAUAUCUCACAGAACCAUCACUACAUAAACCAAAACAAAACAUAAUAAAAUGAAGAAGCAGGGGCUUGAUUUGAAUGGAUUUUCAUCUCUAUUGACACAGACAAAAUAAUCAUGUUCUCUAUUGACCCUUCAUGAUUAUUUCUGCUCGUUUUGCAGCUUUUCAACUCAGACCUCAUCCAACACUUUUGAAUCCUGCUCUUUUUGUAAUGGCCUAAUCAUAACAAGCAUGGUAUCAUUUUAAAGAAAAUUAAAUAAUCUGUGGAAUGAUAUAAGAAAUGCAUUGUGUAAAAUUGGGGGUUGGGAGAAAUAUUGAGCACUUUUGAAAACCUCAACUUAUCCCGUACCAAGUGGAUAUAUAUAUAUAUAUAUAUAUAUAUAUGAAAUUCAGUUCAUUGGGGUAUUGGAAAGUGUUCAAUACCGUGGGGUAGUAUAAUGUUGAACGUACCUUGGAUCCGCUACCCCGGGUUUCACGCGUAAAGCGGUCUUCAGGGGGUCUGUAACUUUGUCCAAGUGAUGACUUUCUUCCAAUGUGGCGUGCUGCGGUUCGUUUUCCAGAGUCAAAUGGAAAUGGUCCUGAGUGCCUGCAUUUAGUAAUGAGCUCCGGUCUUCUGUUGACUGUGUGUUCGUAAAAAUUAAGUAUUUUUCCUCAAGGCAAAGGUUACAGAUGUUACUCUUCCUUUAAACUACGUUUGAUUUUUAUUUUAUUACCUCCCAUUUGAGUUCGUAGUACGUUUUUCUCACUUUUUAAUUUCCAAAUGUACUUAGAGUGUUCCGUUUAAUUUUUUUUCAUGUUUUUUUCUAAGUACAUUUAGAAAUUAAAAAGUUAGAAAACGCUCACAAUGGCCCGUAUUCUGAACUCGGGUUUGAAUUAAACCCUGGUAUAAGUUGUAGUUUAACUAUUGAGAGGCAAUUGGGGCACAACUCUGUAUUAGAACAUGUUCAAUUUUUUAUUCUCGUAUUAGAUGGGUCAAAAUACGACCAAAGGUACCCUUACGCGGAACAAAUUGCAACUGAAAAACUAUGUUGGUUUUUUUUAAAGUAGCAACAGCAUUUUCUUACUACAUUUUGGAAGCCAUCCUGGAUUUUUUUAACAUACUGGACCACUAACUUUCCUUGUAACUUGUCCCAAUGUAUUAUUUGACCAUUGAAACCAUGGUAUAGACAUAAAAAUCAUAUCUCACAGGUGGAUAUGAUAUGAGCUAUGUCCAUUAAAAAGUAUCAACAGUCAUUUUAAACUCAAUUUUUGGAAGUCAUCUUGGAUUUUUGGACACAUCAGACCACUGGCUGUCCUUGUAACUUCUCCCGAAGUACUACUUUACCCUAAAACCGCUGAAUAGAAACCAAAUUAAUUCACCACUUAGUAAGUAAUAGAUGAAUUGUAGAUUUUUAGCCUACGGCAGCCAUUUUGGGCGCCAUCUUGGAUUUUCCUGGUCCCCAUAAUUUUAGCACCGAGUUAGACCAUUGCGUGAGUUUAACCUGACUUCAAAAUACGGGCCAAUGCGUUUACUUUUAAAACACUGCCAUUGUUAGCUCCAAAAUCAGUGGUACUGGGGAUUUAGGUUUGGUUUUCUUUUAAAUUUAGCAUGUUUCUCAGCAGGACUCAAUAAAUUUCCAGUAUAAUGUUUGGUUGGUCAUGCCUAUUGUUAGGCGAAAUACAAUUUUAUUUAUAUAUUUCUAAAAAUCAAGUGGUCAUAUCAUUAAUUUUGUGCCAAGGACUAAGUUCAUUGUGAUUUUUAAAAUCUUUUUUCUUUUUUAAUUCCAAAUAUCAUGGAAACUAUUUGAUUGUACCUUGAAAUGGAUGACUUACCAUCUCAACAAUUUGUUAUCUUUUAAAAUCAUUGUUAAUUAGUCAUUAAUUUAAUUAAGAAAUAAUUUAAUUUUGGUGCUGUU